AGUUCCCACUAACUAAUCAUCUUCCUGUGUGAGAUUUCGCCAUUUCAGAUAAGUGGAACAUUCUCUGCUUCUCCUUGUUGCUCUAAGCACUUGCAACAAUGUCGUCUGUUUGGGUUAUGUUCAUUUUCACCACGUACAUCGGCACAGGGACCUAUUGUGCUCCGGACUUCCAGAUGACAACAGUUGACCCCGGCUUCCCCAGAAAUAUCAGCACAGAUAAUCCCGCAGUACAAAAGGCAGCGCGGGUAACCGUAUAUGCUUAUAACAACAAGUCCAAUGACAGCUUUCUGUUUAAAGACCUGGCGGUUCAAAAGGCUAUGAUUCAGAUUGUAAAAGGAAUAAAAUACCUACUGCAGACUAAGAUAGGAAGAACUGUCUGUCCAAAAAAGGAAUUCUACAAUUUGGAUCAAUGUGACUUUCAGCAGGAUAGCCCUCUCAAGCAGACCUUCACAUGCUAUUCUGAGGUGUGGAACAUUACCUGGCUUCACGUUGAAAAAGUUCCAGUGCUUCGCUGCCAAGGUCUGGACUGGAGUGAAUAGACCACACAGGACCUUUGUUUCUGAGAUACAGAAACACAAUAUUUUGUUUAUCAAAAGUGAUGUUUAAUGUGCACUUUGAUACAGAUUAAAACAAUAGACAUUAUACAACAA